AUGGCUGCUGCAUCUGCAUCCAUGUUGUGCAUAGUUAUUGUUAUCUGUAGCCUGCUGUCUACUCCAUCAACUGCCAAUCAUGAAGUAGAUGCGCUGAUUGAUGUGAAGAAGAUGAUAUUAGAGGACCCUUCAAAUGCUCUGCAAACUUGGAAUCCCUCCUCGCCCAAUCCUUGCAAAUGGAAGUAUGUCUUCUGUGAUGCCCACGGCCAUGUCUACACCGUGCAUUUGGCACUCAAAAAUCUUUCCGGGGCUCUCUCUCCCAGGAUCGGUGAUCUUCAGAACCUAUAUCAAUUGGAUUUGACUCAAAAUUCGCUUUUCGGGAUCUUACCAUCAACAUUGGGGAACUUAAAAAAUCUCGUUGUCCUUCACCUUGGACACAACCAAUUCAGUAAAGGGAUACCACAAUCGCUUGGCCAACUCUCCCGUCUGAAGUUCUUAUCUCUUGAAUUCAACAAACUCAGUGGUCGCGUUCCAACUGUCGGAAAACUGUCUGAAUUUGGAUAUAAAAGUUUCCAGGGGAAUCCAGAGUUGUGUGGCGAUGUCGUAAAAAAGGAGUGUCCAAGGAGAAGUUUAAUCCCUUAG